AUGAAUCGCUGGCGUGAACGUAUACCUGCGAUUUGCGCAAAACAUGUCUACCUUCUCUACCUUCUAUCUGCAUUUCUUCUUGUUGUGACACCAGUCCUGGGAGCGAAAAAAUGUGAAACUCCUGGUUGCUGUGGUCUAGGUAAAAGAGAACCAAAGAAAAUUGAUGUGGAAUUAAGUGUUGCUUUCUGCUGUGCAUGUGCUGAAGAACGUGAUUGGCUAAGGUUUAUCUCUGUUAGCGAUAACGAGAAUGCAAUGGAUAAGCUUUAUGGCAAAAUUGGACACACUUUGUAUAUGGUGAAACAAAUGAACCUAGUUUACGAAUUGGGCAUUGUGUGCAGACGCUUCACAAAGUAUUUCACAAAGCAGAAGCUUAUAAACAAGAGGAUUGGUUGUUUUCUGUACGGAAUGGAAGGAAACACGGACCCCAGAGAUUACAAGGUUGCCUACAAAUUAAGAGGAAAAGUUGCUAAUGCUUACUUGGAGCCUGUUGUUUUGUAUGAAUAUUAA